CCCACUCUCCUUCUCCAUCAUUUUGAUUUUCUCACUCAUAGUUUCCAGCUAUCCAACACUUUCUAGGCGGGUAUAUAGAGAUAUUGAUUCGGGUCCCAUGGGUAGUUAAAAUUUUCAAGGAAGAAAGAGGAGCUGCAUGAGUUGUUCUGUACUCAUUUUCAGUAGAACUAUAGUUACUCUACUCAGAUCAUAUAUUUGAUUAGCUCACAAGGAUUUCUAGUUUAUAGUUUUAAGAACAGGAAGAAAGGGAUAGUGUAUGGAGAAUAUGGAUAAAUAUGAGUUGGUGAAGGAUUUGGGAGCUGGGAAUUUUGGGGUAGCAAGGCUUUUGCGGCACAAGGAAACCAAAGAGCUUGUUGCUAUGAAAUACAUCGAGCGAGGUCAUAAGAUAGAUGAGAAUGUGGCAAGAGAGAUCAUAAAUCACAGAUCACUAAGGCACCCAAAUAUAAUCCGUUUCAAGGAGGUGGUUUUGACUCCCACACAUUUAGCCAUUGUAAUGGAGUAUGCAGCUGGUGGAGAACUAUUUGACAGGAUCUGUAGUGCUGGUAGAUUUAGUGAAGAUGAGGCUAGAUAUUUCUUUCAGCAGCUGAUCUCUGGUGUGGAUUAUUGUCACUUCAAGCAAAUCUGCCAUAGAGAUUUGAAACUGGAAAAUACACUUUUAGAUGGAAGUCCUGCCCCUCGCUUAAAAAUUUGUGAUUUUGGUUACUCUAAGUCAUCAUUACUGCAUUCAAGGCCAAAAUCAACUGUAGGAACUCCAGCAUACAUAGCGCCAGAAGUUCUUUCUCGACGAGAAUAUGAUGGCAAGUUGGCAGAUGUAUGGUCGUGUGGUGUUACACUCUAUGUGAUGCUUGUGGGAGCAUACCCUUUUGAGGAUCAGAAGGACCCUAAGAAUUUUAGGAAAACAAUUCAGAAAAUAAUGGCUGUACAGUACAAAAUCCCUGACUACGUUCAUGUGUCUCAGGACUGCAGACACCUUCUCUCGCGCAUAUUUGUUGCAAAUCCUGCCAGAAGAAUCACUAUUAAAGAGAUCAAAAGCCACCCAUGGUUCUUAAAAAGUUUGCCCAAGGAGCUGACAGAAUCAAGCCAAGCCAUUUAUUAUCAGAGAGAUAACCCAAGCUAUUAUUCUGUUCAAAGUGAGGAGGAGAUUAUGAAAAUUGUCUCCGAGGCAAAAACACGAACUCCAACUUCUGCACCCGUUAAGGGCUUUGGCUGGGGAGGAGCUGAAGAUGAAGAGAAUGAAGAAAUAGAUGAAGAAGUAGAUGAAGAUGAAGAUGAAGAUGAUGAAGAUGAAUAUGACAAGAGGGUGAAGGAGGCCCAAGCAAGUGGAGAGUACCAAAUCAGUUAAGUGGUGUAGUCUUUGUUUCACUAUUACUUAAUUAGUAGUGGGAUUCUCACUGAACUGCACUUUAUGUACAAUAAUAGGCAAUAGAUUACUAGUCUAAAAUUUGAAUGCUUUAACUUUGUAAUUUCUUCUUGUAUUGUACCAUUUAUUUCUCUAUGGACUUCAAAAACGUAUGAGAAAUUAUGAAUGGCAGAUUUGCAUAUUUUCUUAGAAA